AUGAAAGCUCUCAAUUACAUAAGAGAGUUUGAGCUGCAAAGGAUGAAGGAAUUAGAGACAGUCAAAGAAUACUCUGAAAGGCUGCUUGAUAUUGUCAAUAAAAUAAGGUUACUUGGCACUUCCUUUGACGAUUCUAGAAUUGUCCAAAAAAUGUUAGUGACUGCUCCUGAAAAAUAUGAAGCAUCAAUCACCACUUUGGAGAAUACAAGGGAUUUGUCCACAAUCACCUUGGCAAAAUUAUUAAACUCUUUUCAGGCUCAAGAACAGAGAAGGUCUAUGAGACAGAAUGGUUUUGUCGAAGGAGCUCUUCCCUUCAGGCAUCAUGAAGAUAACGAGUUUCAAAAGAAACAAGCUGUUUCAAGUGAUGAGCACAUUACUAUUGACCACAAUCGUAGCAAAGGUGGAAACUCAAAAGAAUAUCCUCCUUGCAAGCAUUAUAACAAAUCAGGUGAUUCACCAUUCAAAUGUUGGAGGAGGCUAGAUGCAAAAUGUAAGAAGUGCAAUCAACUUGGACGUGAAGCUAUAAUUUGCAAAAACAAGAAGCAAGUGGCAGAUGCACAAGUUGCUGAUCAAGAUGAAGAAGAUCAUAUUUUUGUGGCAACAUGUUUUUCUUCUAAGUGCAGUUCAGAAUGUUGGUUGAUCGAUAUCGGUUGUACAAACCACAUGACUUAUGACAUAACUCUCUUUAAAUACUUGAAUCCUACUGAGAUCACUAAAGUUAAAGUUGGUAAUGGUGUCUACAUCCCAACAAAAGGAAAGGGGACUGUUGCAAUUACAACAACGUCAAGAUCCGAGUGCUUCGUUUAUUUUGAAAGGACGGAUAAGAGAUUAACCUUUAGACUUGAUAAGAAGAUACAGUUCCGGACUGAUGGUGCUGCUUCUGAAACGAACACCAUCAAUGGUAUCCAACGAAUGUUUCCGUCUGGAGUGCUAGCUCUUUCAACAGAUGGAUAA